AGGAGUGCAGUGCUUAACACAGAAGCUCGCACUGUAGAAGCGGAUGUCCUGAGCCGCCGCUGCGUCAUGAUGCGACUGGUGGAUUUCUCCUAUGAGCAGUACCAGAAGGCGCUCCGCCAGUCAGCUGGUGCUGUCGUGAUCAUCCUGCCGCGAUCCAUCUCUUCUGUCCCACAGGAUGUUGUAAGGCAAUUCAUGGAGAUAGAGCCAGAAAUGCUUGCUAUGGAAACCAUUGUGCCAGUCUACUUUGCAGUGGAAGAUGAAGAGCUCCUGUCUAUCUAUGAACAAACACGGGCUGCUUCUGCAUCACAGGGUUCUGCCUCGGCUGCAGAAGUUCUGCUGCACACGGCAACUGCCAAUGGCUUCCAGAUGGUGACCAGUGGGGCUCAAAGCAAAGCUAUCAAUGAUUGGCUCAUACCUAGUGUGGAGGGAAGGCUUACAGGUCUGGGUGGAGAAGACCUGCCCACUGUUGUGAUAGUUGCCCACUAUGAUUCUUUUGGAGUUGCUCCAUGGCUGUCACAUGGUGCUGACUCCAAUGGCAGUGGUAUCUCAGUGCUGCUGGAACUAGCCAGGCUGUUUUCCCGGCUCUACACCUACAGACGUACCCAUGCUGGGUAUAACUUGCUGUUCUUUGCAUCUGGAGGUGGCAAGUUUAAUUAUCAAGGAACCAAGCGAUGGCUGGAAGACAAUUUGGACCACACUGAUUCCAGCCUGCUGCAGGACAACGUAGCGUUUGUUCUCUGCCUUGAUACUCUGGGCCGAGGCAAUAGCCUUCAUCUCCAUGUCUCAAAGCCUCCCAAGGAGGGGACCUUGCAGCAUGCGUUUCUGAGAGAACUGGAGAUGGUUGUUGCCAGCCAGUUCCCAGAGGUGAAGUUUUCUAUGGUGCAUAAGAAGAUAAACUUGGCUGAGGACAUGCUGGCAUGGGAGCACGAGCGUUUUGCAAUCCGACGCUUGCCAGCAUUCACCAUCUCCCAUCUGGAGACCCACCGGGACAGCCUGCGCAACAGCAUCAUGGAUAGGAGGGCACGAAUAGACACUAAGGCACUAACCAGGAAUACUAGGAUCAUUGCUGAGGCUUUGACAAGGGUCAUCUACAACCUAACAGAGAAGGGAGCACCUGCAGAUCUGCAGAUCUUCACAGAUCAGAUGCAGAUCCAGCAGGAGCAGCUAGAAUCAGUGAUGGACUGGCUGAGCAGUCAGCCCAGGGCUGCCCAGCUGAUUGAUAAAGACAGCACCUUCCUCAGCACCUUAGAGUAUUAUAUGGGCCGCUACCUGAAGGAUGUCAAACAGCAUCAUGUAAAAGCAGACAAACGGGACCCUGAGUUUGUUUUCUAUGACCAGCUGAAACAGGUGAUGAAUGCAUACAGGGUCAAGCCAGCGAUCUUUGACCUGCUUCUGGCUGUCUGUAUUGCAGCCUACCUUGGUGUUGCCUAUGUUGCAGUGCAGCACUUUGGUCUCCUUUACAAGAUGAUACAGAGAUUAUCCCUUAAAACCAAGCAGCAGUGAAAUGACGAGUCAUCAUCCAUACAGCAGCACUGAGCCAUCG